CCCCCGUCCACUAGCUGCUUGAUUCCUCUCUUCUUCUGCUACCUCCUUCCAACCACAAGCUCUCUAGCUAGCGAGCUAGCUGCUUCUCUUUAUAAAGGCCGUUCCAGAGCUCCGUCUGCCAUUCCAGAGCUGCAAGACUGCAAAAGAAAUCGCUACCUUUCUGCCUCACUUCUUCUACUUCAGUUGAUUAAUGGGGAUGGGGUUCCCGGCGGCGGUGCACGCGGAGGUGCCAAGGCUGCUGCUCAACCUCCUCUUCCUGCUCGACCACCUCCACCGCCUCUCCUCCUGGCUACUCCGCCUUGUCGGCGUCGGCAUACACGACGGCCUGAGCCUCAGCUUCGACUACCCCACUGCCUCCGACUUCGCCGACCACCACCACCAACACCACCAUGGCCUUGAGCUGGAGCUGGAGAAGCAUUCCCCGGCCGUGCGCUUCGACGCGCUCUCCACUACUGGAGACGACACGCUGCUGCUGCCGGAGGGCUGCGCGGUGUGCCUCGGCGAUUUCCACGGCGCCACGCGCGUGCGCCGGCCGCGCGGGUGCCGGCAUGUCUUCCACCGCGCCUGCCUCGACCGCUGGGCCGCCUACGGCCACCGCACCUGUCCGCUCUGCCGGGCGCCUCUUCUCCCGCCCUUCCUCCUGCCGCUGCCGCUUCCGGCGUCGUGACUCCCCCGCCGAGUGUUGUUUGCACAAGCCGGCGACUGCAGCAGGCGUAUCCUGACGAGGGUGUUCUGAAUUUGUCGCCUACGGUUGGGUUUCUAUGGAAACCAACCCAACCACAGCACGGGCCAAGGAGGCCAUGGCGGUGAGAUGUUGAAAUAUUUUCCGAUCGGCCCCUCUUUUCGAGAGAUUCUCACAAUAAAGACCCCAGGGAUGGGGAUUAGUUCCUUGUUCAAGUUUCAGUUAAUUUGGAUUUCACUCAAGUAAGAAAUCCAUACACCAAGAAGAAGAAGUGGACAUAUAUACAUCAGGAAAUAUAUUAUAUGAAGUAGAUAGAGGGGAUGAAUUUGAAUAUAUGCAGAGAUACUUGAGAAUAUAUCUAGAUACAUAUGUGGGGCCUGAUGUUGCUACUGUACUGGAAUGCAACCAAUUAUCGUUGGACUUCGUGAGUGUGGAGUCUUCUCACUACCUACGUGAAGCAAAUAAGGUGGCUCAUGAGUUAGCACAAUAUUCUUUUAAAGAUAAUACUUCCAUGUUUUGGGAUUUUUUUCAUCCCUCACUUUAUUUCUCACUCCUAUGUAAACGAUCUUGCUAUUAAUAUCUGCUUUAUUGA